AUGGAGGAUGAGACAACCAUAUCCUGCGCCCAGGCACUUCUCGGCUCCUGGAUCGCUCGUUUCGGUCUCACGGAACACACAACAUCCGAUAGGGGAGCGAGUUUCACCUCAGAGCUGUGGAGGGCUCUAGCACAGCUCCUUGGCAUCACUCUCCACUUCACAAUGGCAUAUCAUCCACAGGCUAAUGGACUUAUCAAGAAAUGGCAUCACUCCCUCAAAACAGCCCUCACCGUCCAUUGCACCACAGUCACAUGGACUUGGCAGCUCCCCUGGGUGCUUCUUGGUCUUAGGACAAUGCCUAAGGAGGAUCUCACCUAUUCUGCAGCCGAGAUGGUAUACUGUCAGCCCCUCGUUGUGCCCAGAGAUUUUUUCCCAAGCGACAUUCAGCUAGAGGACCUCCACCGGCUAGCCCGGCAAUUCGCUCCCAGCAGACCCACCCAUCGCUCUCUUCACCUGUUCCACACCCCAUCAGGACUGGACACGGCUGAUUUCAUUUUUCACCACGAUAAUGCCCCCUGCAGCCACUAUCCUGCCCUUACAAAGGUCCUUUCAGGGUCCUUCAGUGAUCUCCCAGGGCUUUCAAGCUAUUGUUCUGGACGGUUUAACUGGGUCAACACAGAGCGCCUUAAACCAGCACACAUCAGUGCCUUGGACCAUGACACCACUUACAGGACAUCUAGGCCGGCCCCUUAUCAGACGCCAUUCUCACCCCCGCAGGAUCCUCGACCUGUAGUCCUUUCUUCCUCAAUAGGGGGGAGGCAUUGUGGCAGACGCCACAAUCACUUCACUCGGCACCAGUGCAGCCUCGCUUGGUAUAGUUUCCCUCCACACCGGCGACGACUCUGCACCUCUGAGUUCAACUUGUGGCCCUGCUACUGGAGCCUCCUCUUUGAGGUGCAGGACUAG